CCUCCUCUUCUUCUUCAUUUUGAUACUUUCAAAAAUUCACCAAAAAGUUUCGAUUUUUAAUCGAUUUGGAAGAUGACACUAGGGUUGUUAUUAGGGAUUGGUAGAUCAUUCCGAAGAAAGAGAGCUUCUUCACUUGAUAUCCUCUCUCCCAAACGAGCUCCUCGAAACUUCUACAAAGGGAACAACUGUAAAUCUACUGGUUUCCACACUAGAAAAGGAGGUUAUGUUGUGCAGCAAGAUAAAUUGCCAAACUACGUAGUCCCUGAUCUGACCGGCUUUAAGCUGAAACCAUAUGUAUCUCAGUGCCCUUUAAACGUCAACAAAACAAACGAGUCAAGUGAAGCUUCCAAGUGAAGAAGCCAGAAGAAAUAUGUUUUAAAGUCUUCAUUAGCUUUCACUUAAGGACUAUGUUUUUCUAUGAUCCUUAUCAAUCAUUUUUGUUAUUCAAAGACUACACGCAAGUUGUGGCGAUGCGACAGUGAGUUAAUAAAAUAGACUGUUUGAUUCAAA